AUGUCCUAUUACGCAAUAAUUUUCGACCCAGAGACACCGUUUCAGGAUAAAAUGUUAUUAGUUUGUUUGACUCCAACUUUAACGGGACUCUUCGUGAUGGAAAUUCAUUUUUUCUUCAAUGAGAAAAAAUAUCGCAAAGUCAUAAAUUGGGUGAAAAAAUUGUAUCAGCAACAAAAAUAUGAAGAAGCUUUCGGUUGCAAAUUUGAUUUUACGGAGAUAGCAGUCGUUAUUUGGAAAGUUUUCAAAUAUUUGAUGAUUUUACAAGUUGUAUGCUUCAUAUUUUUCAUGAUAUCACCAAUUUUGUUACCAAUUGAGAAUGCUAUGCCGAUUUUGCUGCCUUACACGGAUAAUGAUCCCUUUUACGAGCAUUGCCUGAAUUUUAUCUAUCAAAAUUGGAUCGCAUUUAAUUUUUCGAUCGUUAUGUUUGGAUAUAUUAUGCUUUAUGCGAUAUUCACGGGACAUCUAAUUGCUCAAACUCACUUUUUGCAUGAUAUUUUGCACAAAAUUGGAGAAAUUGAAGAGACGAAUUACAAGAAAAAAUUAAUUGAAAAUUAUGUUGGUGACAAAAAAUCUCAAAAAUUGAUGGAGAAUAUUGUUUUGCUUCACAACGAGAUUAUGAGCGUAACCAACCAAACCUUCGAACUUUACUCCCUUGGAACCCUAAUUUGGGAAUUCGCGAUGAUUUUAAUUCACGGCGUGAACUUUACCAUGUUCCAAUUAUAUCCUGCAGGCAUGGGACCUACUUUUUUGGGCGGCAUCGUAUUGACCUCGCAAUAUUUUCUGAUGUCAUUCAUCAGUACAAGAGUUCAGGACAGCUAUUCGGGCAUCAGUGAUGCGAUCUACAACUCAAAAUGGUAUGCGAUGAACACAAGUAACAAAAAAACGGUCUUGCAGGUCAUCCAAAUGGCUCAAAAUGCAAAAGUUAUGACGGUUGGCGGUUUUGGGGAAGCAAAUUUGGAGCGAUUUGUUGAUGCCCUCAAUACUACUCGAAAAAUUUGUAUUUUGAUUGGAGUUACCACCCAAGUAGCAAAAACUUGA